AUGUCUCUGUAUAAUGCAUUGCACGUGAUAUCGAAGAUCGUGGUGAAGAAGAGACAGAUGGUCAUUGCAAAGCAAAGAUCAAGAAACUCCAACACGUCAUCGUCUUGGACUACUACUACUUCAUCGGCGACCAGUAACGUCCGUAACUUGGAGUGUCAGAAGAAUCACACUGCUAACAUUGGAGGUUAUGCCGUCGACGGUUGCCGUGAGUUUAUGGCCGCCGGCUAGGAAGGAACCGUCAAUGCUUUGAGAUGCGCUGCUUGUGAUUGUCACCGGAAUUUCCACCGGAAGCAAGUCGAUACGGAGGUUGUUUGUGAUGAGUACUCUCCGCCUAACGUUUGAUUUUUCUUCUUCUGAAGACUCAACCUCUUUUUUUUUUUGUUCUGUGAAUUGGAAUGAUCGAUUGAUUUUUAAAGGUGAAGUGAUAUAUUUGUAUAUGAAUAUUGAUUUGUAUCUCGAUCAGUUUGUAUUUUUAUAAAUAUCGUAUAUAUCUAGUUUUG